UUACUGAGUGCAUGUUUCUCUCUCUCACUGUCAACCGAAAAUCGCUGUCAUUCAGUCUCUGAACCCCAUCAACAUGUCUUCUUCCUCAAUCCACACCAUAUAGUCAUUUGAGAGCUCAGUCCUUAUAAUCAUCCAUUCUCCCCCCAAGUUCAUGAAUCAUUUAAUCUUCAUCCUUUGACAUGGCUUUUCCCCCUCAUGCUUUCGUGUUCCAACCCCAUGGAGAUCGCCACAAUGAUCAUCUCCCUUCCCCUACUUCCCUCAAUUUCCUCCCUUCUUGCCCUCCUCAGCUCUUCCAUGGUGGCGGUGGCGGUGCACCGUUUAUGAUAAAGAGAUCGGUGUCAUUCUCGGGUGUGGACAAGUCGGAGGAAGGAGAUGAUGAAUUGUCUGAUGAUGGAUCACAUAUGGGGGAGAAGAAGAAGAGGCUGAAUCUGGAACAAGUGAAGGCACUGGAGAAGAGUUUCGAGUUGGGCAACAAGCUUGAACCCGAGAGGAAAGUGCAGCUGGCCAAGGCCUUGGGGCUGCAACCGAGACAGAUUGCCAUUUGGUUCCAAAACAGGAGGGCUAGGUGGAAAACCAAGCAACUGGAGAAAGAUUAUGGUGCCUUGAAGAAACAGUUUGAAGCUCUCAAGGCUGAAAAUGAUGCCCUUCAAGCUCUAAACAAGAAACUUAAUGCUGAGUUGUUGGCUUUGAGAACCAAAGAUUCGAAUGAAAUCAUGAGCAUCAAGAAAGAAAACGAGGGUUCAUGGAGCCAUACUGGAAGCGAUAACAAUUGUGACGUCAACUUGGGUAUCUCGAGAAUGCCAUUGAUGAGCAGUAAGCAGAUUUUCCCAAGGCCAACAAGCAUGAAUCAGCUUCUCCAAGGCUCAUCAAGACCAGACCUUCAAUGCCUAAAACUCGACCAAGUGGUUCAAGAGGAAAGCUUCUGCAAUAUGUUCAAUGGAGCCGAUGACCAGCAAGGGUUUUGGCCAUGGUCCGAGCACCAAAAUUUCCAUUGAAAUCUAAACACCAAAUUCUCCAACAAAACAUCUCAUGAAUUUCCAUCAUCUUUUGGAUUAGCAAGUUGAUUAAAGACGAAGAAAAGCUAGAUAUUUUUUUUGUUACCAUGUCGACUUCAAACUCUUGUUUUGGCUGUAGAUUUGGUGUAUAGAAUUGGAAAUAUUUGCUUCCACA